CUCAGUCCAUCGGGACCCCGCGCGCCCGAGGGUGUCUCCCCGUCACCCCUCCCGGCUCCCCGCAUCGCGUCCUCCUCCAGCGCCGCGGGACGGCGGGGCCGCCACUGGAAGCGGCUGAGAAACGCCCCGGGGAGGAGGAUCCCGCGGACGCCGCAGCCCGAGACUGUAUUUUCUGUGAACCCUAAUCAAGUGAUACAAAUGUGCUGCAAUGGUGACAUAAAUUAUUGACUGGACUGGAAAAAUAGCAGAAAACACCAUCUUUUCUACUUUUAUGGUGCUUCUAUUUGAACAGUCUGAGGGACAUAUAUACAACAUGAGUUUUAUCAUGAAGCUUCACAGACACUUUCAAAGGACAGUCAUUCUACUUGCCACAUUUUGUAUGGUGAGCAUUAUCAUUUCUGCCUAUUAUCUGUACAGUGGCUACAAGCAAGAAAAUGAAAUCUCUGAGAUGGCCUCAGAAGUGGACUGUGAUGACUUCCAGCACCUCCCAUACAGGCUGAUGGAAAUGAAGACCACAAAGCUUUCUGAUGCCUCAAGGACUGAUACCACGGUCCUGGUGUUUGUGGAGAGCCAGUACUCAUCACUUGGCCAAGAUAUCAUUAUGGUUCUAGAGUCAAGUAGAUUCCAGUACCACAUUGAAAUUGCUCCUGGAAAGGGGGAUCUCCCAGCACUUACAGAAAAAAUGAAAGGCAAAUAUAUUCUCAUUAUUUAUGAGAAUAUUUUAAAGUAUAUCAACAUGGACUCCUGGAAUCGAAGCCUGCUUGAUAAAUACUGUGUAGAAUAUGGCGUGGGUGUCAUUGGAUUCCACAAAUCUAGUGAGAAGAGUAUACAGAGCUUUCAGUUAAAAGGUUUCCCUUUUUUCAUAUAUGGAAACCUUGCAGUAAAAGACUGCUGUAUUAAUCCUCAUUCUCCAUUACUUCAUGUGACCAAAUCUUCUAAGCUUGAAAAAGGUUCUUUGCCCGGAACUGACUGGACAGUUUUCCAGAUUAAUCACUCAGCCUACCAACCAGUAAUAUUUGCCAAAGUAAAGACCCCAGAAAACCUUUCUCCUCCCAUCUCGAAAGGUGCUUUUCAUGCUACUGUCAUCCAUGACCUGGGGCUUCAUGAUGGAAUACAAAAAGUUUUUUUUGGCAACAACUUGAACUUUUGGCUGCACAAGCUCAUCUUCAUAGAUGCUGUUUCCUUCUUGUCAGGGAGGAGGCUCACAUUAUCCUUGGACAGGUACAUUCUCGUGGACAUUGAUGACAUCUUCGUGGGAAAGGAGGGAACAAGAAUGAACACCAAUGAUGUUAAGGCUCUGCUUGAUACUCAGAAUCUUCUGCGUGCACAGAUUACAAAUUUUACCUUCAACCUGGGCUUUUCAGGGAAAUUUUACCAUACAGGAACUGAAGAGGAGGAUGAAGGGGAUGACCAUCUUUUAGGGUCAGUGGAUGAGUUCUGGUGGUUCCCCCACAUGUGGAGCCACAUGCAGCCGCACCUCUUCCACAAUGAGUCCUCUCUGGUGGAGCAGAUGAUUCUCAACAAAAAAUUUGCCUUAGAGCACGGCAUUCCAACCGACAUGGGCUAUGCAGUGGCACCUCAUCACUCGGGUGUGUACCCUGUACAUGUUCAACUUUAUGAGGCCUGGAAGAAGGUUUGGAAUAUUCGGAUCACCAGCACUGAAGAGUACCCACAUCUGAAACCAGCUAGAUACCGGAGGGGCUUCAUCCACAAAAACAUCAUGGUUCUUCCGAGACAAACCUGUGGGCUCUUCACUCACACCAUUUUCUACAAAGAAUAUCCAGGAGGGCCUAAAGAGCUGGACAAAAGUAUCCAAGGAGGUGAACUUUUCUUCACUGUGGUCUUAAACCCAAUCAGUAUUUUCAUGACCCAUUUGUCCAACUAUGGAAAUGACCGGCUGGGAUUAUACACAUUUGUUAACUUGGCUAACUUCGUCCAAAGCUGGACCAAUUUGCGUCUUCACACUCUGCCUCCAGUGCAACUGGCUCACAAGUACUUUGAGCUCUUUCCUGAUCAAAAAGACCCUCUCUGGCAGAAUCCUUGUGAUGACAAACGCCACAGAGACAUUUGGUCUAAAGAAAAAACCUGUGAUCGCUUACCAAAAUUUUUGGUAAUAGGACCCCAAAAAACUGGUACCACUGCUUUGUAUUUGUUCCUGGUUAUGCAUCCUUCCAUCCUUAGUAACUCCCCCAGCCCAAAAACCUUUGAGGAGGUACAGUUCUUUAAUAGAAAUAACUACCACAGGGGGAUUGAUUGGUAUAUGGAUUUCUUCCCUGUCCCAUCUAACAUCACCACUGAUUUUCUGUUUGAGAAGAGUGCCAAUUACUUCCACUCAGAGGAAGCUCCCAAAAGAGCAGCAUCUCUGGUUCCAAAAGCCAAGAUUAUCACGAUUCUUAUUGACCCAUCAGACCGAGCUUAUUCCUGGUACCAGCAUCAGCGAUCACAUGAAGACCCCGCAGCUCUGAAGUUUAGCUUCUAUGAAGUGAUCUCUGCUGGGCCCCACGCCCCCUCCGAGCUCAGAGCCUUGCAGAAAAGAUGUUUGGUGCCUGGGUGGUAUGCCAGCCACAUCGAGAGAUGGCUUGUAUAUUUCCCUCCCUUUCAGUUGCUAAUUAUCGAUGGACAACAGCUAAGAACUGAUCCUGCUACAGUGAUGGAUGAAGUACAGAAGUUUCUAGGUGUCUCUCCUCAUUAUAACUACUCAGAAGCUUUAACGUUUGAUUCUCACAAAGGUUUUUGGUGUCAGUUAUUGGAAGAAGGUAAAACAAAAUGUCUUGGGAAGAGCAAAGGAAGAAAAUACCCUCCAAUGGAUCCUGAUAGCAGAGCAUUUCUGUCAGGCUACUACCGAGACCAUAACGUGGAACUGUCCAAGCUGCUGCACCGCCUGGGGCAGCCUCUGCCUUCGUGGCUGAGACAGGAGCUGCAGAAAGUGAGGUAGCACCAGAGACAACUUCCUCGGAACCGUCCUCCACAGGAUGCUCACCUUGCCCAAAACUUCAAGUAACUGCCAAAAGUUGUUUUAAAAUAUACCUCUUCAACUGAGAAAAAAAAAAAGUUCCUUCCAUGUGCUGGCAUGUGGAUGAUCAAAAAAAAGAGAAAAAGAAUCUGUCCCAAGCCCUGAGGCCACUGGCCUUUCUCUUAUCCCCAUAACUGAGCCUGUGGGACUGUUGCAGACUACUGUGCACUCAUGUGGAGUCAACAGCAACCAAUAUAGACAUCAAACACACACACAGAACUGUUCCAUUUCGUAGUGACAUGUACACUUUUAUAGAUUAAGAUUGUGUCUGUAAAUUUUAAACCGCUGUUUGCCUGUACAAUGUUUUCAUACUCUUUGAUUAUUUUAUAAAGUGUCCUAUAAAAAAAGAAGCAAAAGAACCAUCACAACGUAGCAAAAUGCCAAAGGCAUAAUACCUAUGAAAAAUGUUUGCCAAAAUAUAAAUCCAUUGACAUAUUUAGGAAGGUUGUACAUUACAAUUUGUACUAAAUCAGAGAGUGGAGACAUUAUAUAUGAGGUCAUCUUCAUUGAAAAAUGUAAUUUUUCAUAUAUAGUCUCAUGCUUUAUGUAAAAAUUACUGAUUCCUCUAUCACAAGUGUUACACUGAAAUUUCUAUUGUAAAGCUGGUGUGUGGUAAAUAGAAACUCAAUGAGUUUAGCAAAACAUGUGAAGGGUACUGAAAACAUCAUCUAAAGAGAGAAGUUGUUAGGGUCUUAAAAGCAGUCAUUGACGAUUUAGAUCCCCUUUCUGUGAGAGCAAAUCCACUUCAGUCAUCCUAUCCUUAUUAGUCCCUCAGAAACAUAAAGAAUCUCAUCUCUGUGUCAUCUAUAGAAACAGACUGAUUUUAAAUGUAAACUGUUUUCAAUAUUCCCCAGAACAAAAUCUGAAGUAAAAACUGAGACUUUCUCUAAAUAUGAUAAGGUAUAUGCAUUGAAAUUAUAGAAAACUACAUUUUUCCAUUGAGUUCAGAUUGAAGUAAUGUAGAGAUCUAUAACCAAAAAAAUUAAUAUAUAUAAUUUUUAACCUGAUAUUUGCAAUGACAUUUAUAAUAUAAGGCAAAAAAAAAAAAACAAGCAGUGCAGAGUUUGUUUUGGAAUAUUUCAUGUAUCACUCUUACUAAAAGAUAAAAAACAGUUAAAUUUAUGGAUUAUCUACUGAAUAAAAAUGGAGGAAGUACAAACAUAAGCCAGGCAUGGUUUUGAAAUAUGUAAUCACCUAAAUUUUAAAAGGUGACAUUAAUAAAGUAUUCACCUGAGAAAACAAGUUACAAAUGACUUAUAUUUAUACACAUUUUAAAGUAGUAAAUGAAUUCCCUAUUAUUACAUAAGCCUCUAUAAAAAUGUUAUCACAGGAAUUAUUAGAAAAAAGAUAUACAAAUAAAAUCUACAGCCCAAUUAUCUUCACUGUCAUUACAAUGCAUGAUCUAUCAAUUACUCACAAAUUAGAAAAUAAAUUUCCACUUACUAUAAAUUUUUAAAAUUAUAAUUGCUUAAUUUUUUUAAAGUUUUACAUGCCCAUAUGAUAAGUUUUAAACAAACUAUUAAAGAACUGGAGGGGGUAAGUUUUUAAGACUCUUAACCUUAAAAGUAAAAUCAAAGUCAUCUGGAUGAAUGUGAAACUGGUCCACAAGCUUACUGCUAGCCUUUCUGAAGCAGUACAUGCCCAUCAAGCCAGAAAAUAAUUGAAGCCUUUCAUCUCCACUGAUUCAGAAACUGGUUUAAGAAGGUCAAGCAGUGAGAAUAGGCCUCACCAGUUACAUACAGUAUCAUAUUUUCAUCUUGAUAGUUAUAUGCCAACUGAUUAAAAAAAAAAGAUGCAUUUAUGUUUUAAUGGUGUGCUGUGCAUUUUGACUUCUAAACAAAGUUGCUAUGGCUUACUUGUCUAGGUAAAUUGAGUCAACUGAACAACUCAUCUAUAAAUAAAUGUUAGAAGUAUACUGGAUGCUUGUAUAAUAAGAGGAGGAAAAAGAAGACAUCCCCACAUGUACCCACUCACAGUACAGGUAUUCUGCUACGUGGAGCAGCAAAUCUAUUUAGGCCACUCAAUGUAACUUGGAAGCCACAUUAAAUCCUAAAGGACAUGGAUACUUUCUACAUUAUUCUCCAACUGGCUACUAUGGUAUUCUGAAAGCAACAUAAAUACACAUGAGAAAUGAAUGAGAGAGAAUGUUAUUUCAAACUAGCUUUGUACAGAAUUCCUUUUUCAUUGCUUAAAACAUGUAACUUCCUCAGGAAGAAAGGAAAUGGUUAUUUCAAUGUUUAUAGCUAUAAUAUUCUUGUCAUUCACAUUGAAUGAAAAAUACUAGAAACAUUUUUUUCUCUGAGUUUUUUAAAAUAAAAACCUGGAUAAAAUUCUGAUAGCAUGGUACCUCAUAU